AUGACCAACACCAAGGGGAAGAGGAGGGGGACACGUUACAUGUUCUCAAGACCCUUUCGCAAACAUGGUAGGGAAUAUUUGUUCAGCUAGUUUAGUUGGUCAGUGGGUUUGUUGCUUCUAGUUUAUCCAGGAAUAAGGGUUAUUUCAGUAAACUGAUGUGACCACCAAGGUCAGGUGAAACUUCACAUCCCAUAGUCCAUAUGCUAUCAGUAUCAGCUAAGACUUACGCAUCUUUAAUUUAUUGAAAAAUGUCAUUACAUAUACACUGCUAGAAAUCUGUAGAUGCAGGCUAGAAAGCUCAGAAAGCAGCACUAAUAGAGGGGCUUUGGGAAGAGGAAUUGCUUCUAUGUGUAGCUUAUAUAGCCUGAAUGUUGUAAGUCAAUUUUAAUACCUUUAAAACAUUUCAUAGAGUUGGAAGAGUUCCCAAGAGUCGACUAGCCCAACAUCUGCUUAAAAUCCUCCAAGGAAGAAGAGUCCACCACCUUCUCAAGGGAGUCCAUUCCAUUGUCAAACAGCUCUUACUGUCAGAAUGUGCUUUCUGAUGUUUAGUUUGAAUCUCCUUUCUUGUAACUUGAAUCCAUUGGUUCAGGUACUAUCUUUCAGAGCAAGAGAAAACAAGCUUGCUCCAUCCCUCAUGUGACAGCCCAUUAGUAAUUUGAAGAUGCCCAUAAUAUACUCUCUCAACCACCUUUUUCUCAAGCUCAAACAUACAAAACUAACUUGAGUAAAAAUAUGAUUGAUUAUUACAUCUUUUUCAUAGGUGUGGUCCCUCUCGCUACCUACAUGCGCAUCUAUAAGAAGGGUGAUAUUGUUGACAUAAAGGUAUUUUUAAAUUUAAAAAUGCUCUAAUGCUAAAUCUAAUACUGUAGUUCUCUCAUUAUCCGUCUAAAACAGAAUUCAAAUUAAAUACAAUCUAACAGAAUAACAAAUAUUGUUUUGCUUGCCCUGCCCUAGAGUAUUAAAUGCUGGGAUUUGAACUAUGCUCACAUUUGCAUUUCAUCUUACAAUGUAAUUUGGAAAAUACACAGAGAAGUAUUAAUUCGCCAGAAGGUUGCCCUCUUCAGUAUAACACACUAUUGCUGAUACAGAACUUUACUUGAAAUUUUAAUUUCAUAACACUCUGGAGCUUGAUGAUGAUUGUCUCUUAUGAUUGCUUUUGUAAUAGCAAAGUGAGCAAAUCAUUUCACCGGCACUGAAAGCAAACCAGAGAUGUCCAGUUCUUCAGAUUUAAUUUUAUUUGAUUAAAUAUUUUAAGAUAGCAUUAAUGUGUAAGGAUAAUUGUGCCAACCAUGCGUGUAUUGGCAAAGCAUUCAUCAGUUUGGAUAUGGCUGUUGCAUGAUUUGAUUUCCUGCAACAGGAUAAGUGAGCAACUGGAAGACCCAGUACUUGGCUCUAGAAUUUUAUUUCAAAUGGUAAACAUUGCUUGAUACACAAUGCUAUUCCAUUUGCAGAGUAGACCAGUUGAAAUCUAGUCCAUUGAUUGCAAUAGGACUAUACUGAGUAUGACUUGCUAGAUAUUACCCACUGUAUAAUCCAAAACAUAGUAGCUUACUUGAUAGUUUAAUUAUUAGACAGAUGCUUAGUCUAAAGCUUGGGAACCUGACAUUGGAGGACUUUGGGACAAAUAUAUAUUUUUUAACGUGAUCUUUCUGAUACCAUAUUGGAAGCUUUUGGGAAAUGUUGCUAAUGUUAUGAUUGCAACUGCUUUAGUUCAAUAUAUCUUUGGCAUUUUUUUGUAAGAUAAGCUAUGGUAAUAUUUUCUGUCUGUCUUUUAUUAACAGGGCAUGGGCACAAUUCAGAAAGGCAUGCCCCACAAAUGUUACCAUGGCAAGACAGGAAGGGUAUACAACAUUACCCAGCAUGCUGUGGGCAUUAUUGUGAACAAGAAAGUUAAGUAAGUGCUACUAAAAUGGUUUGGAGCUUUAAUUGCAUUGAUGGAUUCCUUUCUCCCCAUUCACUUUGCCAGUUAGACAUUUGUUGUCUCCAUUGGCCAUUCAGGUGGGGCAGAGGCAAUAUCCUUUUAAAACCCAACCAGUUAAUACUUAAUUGGCUUGGAUCCUGUCAAAGGAAACAUAUUGAAAAGUUCUUCAAAAUCUGAAAGCUUACUUGUUCCUACAGCAAUCAGAGUUGCCUAUGCUCUGAAACCAGCAUGGUAACCAUGUGUACUGACUUGGGCUCAGCUGUUAGUCCUAUUUGGUCUUUUUUUAAAAAAAAACAACCCACAGGAAAAGCUGCUAAAUCUAACAGUGUUGUGUUCUGUGUCUAGGGGCAAGAUUCUGGCCAAGAGAAUUAAUGUGCGAAUUGAGCAUAUUAAGCACUCAAAGAGCAGAGACAGCUUCUUGCAGCGUGUGAAAGAAAACGAAAGAAAGAAAAAAGAAGGAAAGGAAAAGGGAAUUUGGUUUGAACUAAAACGCCAGGUAAUGUAUUGAGAUGUGAACAAAGUGUAUGUACAUUGUCUGCAAACAAGGGGGGGUUGGCGGAAGUGGUUUGAACAUUCUAUGUGACUAAGAUGUCAGGAAGCAAUUAAGCUUCUGACAAGAGAAGAAUGUCAGGUAAUUAAUUCCAUUAACACAUUUUUCAGAUUAGAAGGAAGUUUAGUCAUAAACACUAGUGGGGGGGGUUUCUGCAUAAUCCAGGUAUGUUUCAAAUGCAUUUAGCCUUGGUAUUAUUUUUAUAAAGUUAUUUUCAGUGCUAGUAGGUAAUCUUUGUGCAUAUUAUGGGGGGCGGGGGGAAGAAAGCUGCUGUUAGGCUGGUUUUAAAAAAUUGCUACUGUGUGACUCAUCCUAUUCUCAAGUGAUACAGCAAACUUUCUAGGGGAAAAUAUAUUUAAUAAAUUAUAAAAUGAUUCAUGCAUAGAAUUAUCUGUUGCCAUAUUGCGAGACGAGGUGCCAUGCUUUCUCAAGUCUAAAGUAUUGUAGUUUUUUGCUGUAGAUUUUUUGUGUUCUAGGGACAUAGUGCUGCAGUAAAAACAAGGAAAGCCCAACAGAUGGCACCUGGACUAAACAAUGCUAUUGUAACUUGUAUUUAUGUUUAAAUUUCUUUUUCUGUCUUCUAGCCUGCUCCUCCAAGAGAAGCCCACUUUGUGAGAAACAAUGGCAAGGAGCCAGAGCUGCUGGAACCAAUUCCAUAUGAGUUUAUGGCAUAG